CCGUGGCAAAAGUACCAUCGCGACCAGGAGCUGCGCACACUGAUAAUGCAGGACGUUACGAGGACCUUCCCAGACCAGGCGAUAUUUCCGAUCCGGCGCGCGUGCAGAAGAUGAUUGGAGAUGUGCUGUUUGUGCAUGCCAAGGUACACAACUCACUGCAGUACAGACAGGGCAUGCAUGAGCUAUUGGCGCUAAUUCUGAUGGCAGUGGAGGCUGACAGUGUGGAGGAAGGAGAGCUGUGGGAUCAGCCGCGUGGUGGAUGUGCGGUAUGUGGAGCAUGACGCGUAUGCGAUGUUUGCGCGGCUGAUGCGCAUCUGCACUGUGUGGUUCCAGUCGCCCAGCAUGGUAUCGCCUGGGCUGCGGGCAGUCAAUGCGCGGCGGCGCAGCAGCAUAGACGCGCCAAUAAUCUCACAGUGUCAGCGCCUGAUGGAGCGGAUUGCGCUUGUGGACCCUGAGCUGGCCGGACAUCUGCAGGAGCUUAGUAUUGAACCCCAGCUAUUCGGGAUUCGGUGGUACCGGCUUCUUUUCAGUCGCGAGUUUGCACAUCUGUCGGAUGUGAUGGCGCUGUGGGAUAUCAUGUUGGCCGAUAAUGUGUCGGGGAUGCUGGGGCUUGUGGAUUGGAUCGGCGUGACGCUGCUAUUAGCGAAUCGGCAGGAUCUGAUGCAAGGCGAUUACGCCGAUUGCCUAACGACGCUCCUGCACAUACCGCCACUGCCGCAACCUGGGCAGGAUGUGCUGGAGCGUACUCCAAUGUUUCCCAACACGCCGCUGCCAGCACACGCAGCUGUAAUAUCACCGAUCAUGGAUCCGACGAGCGAUCGUGAAUAAGGUGCCGGUGCAGGCGCUGGUGCAGACAAACCUGCUGCCAGUCCAGCGGUUGGCGCUGCAGGCCGGGUACCUGCGGGGCAGGCAGACGAGAGGCACGGCAAGCAAGAUUGC